UUGCCGAGAUGUUUCUCCGUAGAGCUGUGAUCGCCGCCGGGGGUUCUGCUGUCGCUCUUUUUGCCGCCGUGUCUGUGGGGAAGAGUGAGGAUGACUUGGUGUCUCUCUGGCCCCAUGUGCACCCUGGGCGCUGGGAUAGGAACUGGGAUUACCGUGAACCAAUGUCGCUAAUUAAUUUGAAUGAUCUGAAAGGGUGCACAGAAAAAGAGCGUGAGGACAAGCUGAAGACAUGUAAUGCUAAAGUCAGUAGACACAUCUACCUGAUCAGACAUGGUCAGUACAACAAUGCUGAUAGUGAAUCUGAAAGAACCCUAACUGGCAAGGGACGUGAACAGGCAGACUUAACUGGACAGCGUCUGGCAACUCUUGCAAAUGAAGGGAUUAACUUUAAUGGCAUUGUUUAUUCAUCUUUGACCAGAUCCACAGAAACUGCUGAAAUAAUCAGCCGUAGAUUACCAGGUAUUAAAAUGUGUAGCUCUAACUUGCUUCAUGAAGGAGCUCCAACACGGCCAGUACCUCCAGAAUCCAGGUGGCUACCAGAUCUCGAUUAUUUUAAAGAUGGCCCACGCAUUGAGGCUGCAUUCAGGAAGUACAUCCACCGUGCGGAUCCAGAGCAAACCAAAGACAGUUAUGAGAUUAUAGUCUGCCAUGAUAAUGUCAUCCGCUACUUUGUAUGCAGGGCACUGCAAUUCCAACCUGAUGGUUGGCUUAGGAUGUCUCUGUACCAUGGAAGCAUUACCAAGAUGGUGGUCUCUUCCAAUGGGGAUGUGUCGUUGAUUACACUCGGUGAUGCUGGAUAUAUGCCCCCGGGGAAACUUACUGGUGCAUAGCUGGAUCAUCUUGGAGACCUCUUCUGUGUUGGACUUGUUUUGACUCUACCUACUGGUGUGACAAGCAGGACAUGUGAUUACAGAAUAAUCAUUGAAGCCUUUUCCACUUGAGGCCUUGUCAGUGGAAAGUUUGCUCUCUUGUAUUUGAGACUAUUAGACUGACAUAUCUGUAGCAGGGAUGUUGGGACAUGUUUACUCUAUACUUAUUAGAGUGGUGUUUUGCACAGAAUAGUAAUGAAGGGUGGUAUGCUUUAAUUACUGCACAUAUUUAGUAAUAUGCAUCAAAAACCACUUACAAUGAGUGAAGUUAUUCAACUGUCAAUUUCUAUGCACUUUAAAAUGGUAAUAAAUGCAAGUGAAUACUAUUCCCAGCUACUUUGCUU